CGAGCUUGAGUCCCAGAAGGGAGCUGCUGUCUGAGGCGGGAGCUGCCUCUUCACUGGCCAGCCACGAGAGGACCGGAGGUCGCGCCGGGCGCCCGAGGAGUUCCCCCUAGGGGGAUGAGCAUGGUGAUUUUCCUUUGGAAUCCCCUGUCUUGGGACGUCUAAGAAGAUGCCUGCCAUGAGGCUGUUCACUUGCUUCCUGCAGCUCCUGGCUGGGCUGGCGCUGCCUGCUGUCCCUCCCAAGCAGUGGGCCCUGUCUGCUGGGAAUGGCUCAUCAGAGAUGGAAGUGGUGCCCUUCCAGGAAGUGUGGGGCCGCAGCUAUUGCCGGGCACUGGAGAGGCUGGUGGACAUUGUGUCCGAGUACCCCAGCGAGGUGGAGCACAUAUUCAGCCCAUCCUGCGUCUCCCUGCUGCGCUGCACGGGCUGCUGUGGUGAUGAGAACCUGCACUGUGUGCCCAUAGAGACGGCCAAUGUCACCAUGCAGCUCCUGAAGAUCCGCUCUGAGGACCAGCCAUCCUAUGUGGAGCUGACGUUCUCUCAGCACGUGCGCUGCGAGUGCAGGCCUCUGCGGGAGAAGAUGAAGCCAGAAAGGAGGAGACCCAAGGGCAGGGGGAAGAGGAAGAGAGAGAAGCAGAGACCCACAGACUGCCACCUGGCCCGUCUCUUCCAGGACCACAGGAAAUCAUUGCAUGCCGUGCAACUGGAGCUGACCCAAACCCUGCCCCAGGAGCUCAGCCCUCCAAGAGCAGAGACUUGCACCCCACUCUGUGAGGCUGGGGCCUCUAGGGACUUUGACCCUUGAAGGCAUGUGGCCCUUAUUGCUCCCCUGUUCCCAAGUAUCAACUUGGGGAAGAAGCUGGCAGUAUAGUCCAUGCAGGGCUCCCCACAGGUGGCCCCAGAUACAAAGUGACCUCUUGCUCCAUCUGCCAGGGCGGUGGUUUUCAAACAUCUCAUUCAGGACUCUCCAGAAAGAAUUUCAAAAACCCUUGUGCUCCCUUGCUUAUGUUUAAGUUGACAUUGAACUUUUUCCUCAAAAUUGUAAAUAGUUGCAAAAGAUACAAUUUCUGGCAUGUUAUAAAUAUUAAUUUUUAAUAUAAAGCCAUCAUGAUAACACUUCAGAAAUAGCCUAUGGAAUAAGCCAUCCUUAUUUAAUACUCACCAUGACCCACAUAGUGACAAAUAUAUAUAUGAACACUUUCCUUUAAUAGUUCCGUAUUUACAUUGCUUCUUUUUAACUUGAACUUGUAUUUUCAUUUCACUUCCCCCACAGAAUUUCAGCACAAUAUACUAUUGUUUUAAUACUAAACAGCUCUUUAUGUAUCACCUUGUCACAUUUAUCUGCUAUAACAAUGGUAUAUAAAUGUGAAUUAUUUUAAAUUUCCUGGGAACAUAAAACUCUAAAUUAAAUUUUCUCCUGGAAUGAAUUAUCACAAUAAGUAUUAGUAGUACCAAGUGAUCAAAAUAGCAGAUAUAUGUAAUAUUUUAAUAAAUGUUAAACACAGAAGUGCAAUCAACCUUAUUGGGAAUGCAUCUCAAUAAGAUGGGCAUGGCAGAAAAAAAAAGAUGGACAUGGCCACCUCUUUUCAAUUAUUUAAUGAAUCCAUUAAUGAAUGUGGUUCCUCCUGCCAGACUACAGGAUUCAAAAGUGAUUCCAUUGUCAUAUUUUAUAGAUGAAAAAGUUGAGAAACCAUGCUCACCUGUAAGUAAAUGUGAAUGGGACCAGAGGUCCCUUUUUGAACUCCUUCCAAGUUAUUUGCCAAAAACCUCAAGGUGAUCUGCUCACAAAAAUUAUUUCUCACAAUAUAUAAGCUGACACUCAGGCUGUUCUUCAAUUUUGUUGAAAACCAAGACUUGGAAACCACCUGACUUGGUCACUCAGUCAUCCGCCCUAUCUCCUCUCUCCACACCUGCACCAGUAUCUUAACUUGCCCUUUUGCUCACCGUCUUCCCCGCUAUACUCUCUUACCUUGGAGAAAAGUACUGUAAGAGCAUUUGGAAUGGGCAACAUGCUUCCGUCCUUUCUGAAGGGAGAAGAGCAGCUGUGAGCAGACGAUGAGGAGGCAGCCCCCAGGCACUUUCUCUCACUGACAGUUUUCAGGUGGAGUCUACAUGGAAGCUGGAAACUGAUUCCCUGAACACCAUCAAAACUCACCAGCCCCUGGGGCAAUCUUUGUGUACAUCUAGGGUUACCGUUUGAAGACUGCUGUCCCAGAGUAACUGGUGGCAUUACUGCAUGGAGACAGACUGGGUUCAAAGCUGGCUAUCACUGACUAGCUGUAUGACCUUGGGCAAGUUUCUUAACUUCUGUGAGCCUCAGUUUCCUUAUUUUCAAAAGGGUGACAACACCAGUGCCCUCCUUGCGGAUGUUGUUAGAGGUGAACGAGAGAGUGCAUAGCACAGGUCUGAACACCUGGGUAGGUUUUGGUGAAGGGUAGCUCCUUGCUUCCUGGCCUCAGUGCAGGCAGAGACCCACAGGUGCUGCGAGCGCCCCAUGCUCCCUGUUCAAGCUUCCCCUUCGGUUGUCCCUCCUCCCACAGGAGGGACCCUGCCCUGAAAGUGUGCUGAUGCCCCCUUUCUGUGUCUGAUCUC